GUGAAAUCGAACGGUGCCCCCCUCUCGCCAGCUAUAUAAGUUUACAAGAGCGGCGAACACUUCAUUCAAGUGCGAUCGGAAGGUUAACGGGGUAGCAACACGGACAAGCGCAGCUCUGCCAGUGCAACGCUUCAAGGAUAUCCGGUUGUUGUACUAUAGUUCUUGAAAAAGGACAGGAAAUGCGACCAUUUACCAUUUGCCUGCUGUGGGUGCCCUUGUUAGCGACUUAUGUACCUACUUCAACGUCAAACGCAGUCGGAAGUACAGUGGCCGCCAGUAAACCUAUUUAUUUCUCUAGCAGCAAUGCUACCAUCGUUCGGUCGAAGUUACCCAACAUUAACAAACGCCGUUGCGGAACUCGCUUCUUCGAAUUGAGGUCAACAUUAGCACCGAUUAUAGUUCCGAAAAACGUGACAACGAAGGUGGUAAACAAUGAAACCAUAUACGAGCAUGUAUACGCCGAUGACGUUCAGGGCAAGCAAAAGUUUGGAGUACGGCAGGCUUUGCAUAGGGGCGCCGCUGCGAUGAGCGCUCUGUUAAAUACCGUUUCAGGGGGCCUGGCGGCCGUCGGCGGAGGCUUUCUGCUAUAUGCAACGAUGGUUGGACUGUUUGGCGAAAACUUCUAUAACAACUUUUCUGGCUUGCCUCUGUAUGGCGCACCCGGUGGUCCUACUAGUGGUUUUACACGACAAACUUUUCCUUCAUCUGUUGUUCAAGAGCCAGCCAGCUUAAUCCAGGACCUGGUAGCACAGGGCUCGUCUCAAACCUCUACCUAUACACCACCAGGAUACCCGCCCGUUCAAAAAAGGACCGGUGAUGCACAGACAUCGUUCAAGUCACAUAACAUCGACACCAUGGCCAAAUUACGCGCCAGUGAAAUGCGUUUCCUUAAGCAGGCGGUGGAGCCUUUUUUUUCUUCUUUACGAACCCUUAACGAAAUUGACUUUCCUGAGGAAAUGUUCCGGGUACUCAAUAUUCGAAAUUUCGACUGCAAGCAGAAAAUCAUUUGUGAGAUCGAGCAAUUCGUAGCUAGCAAAGGCGUGGCUGGCUUCAUCGUCAAUUUCUUCAGUCCCUAUAUUCCAGGCAUGGACAAGUACCGUUCGGCCAUCUUCACAGCUCUUCGCCGCCAGAGUUGCGGGCUCGUUUACCACUCAUGUCCAGGGGCCAUCGGCCAACGUAUUCUCGAACGUAUCGGCAUCAACUAACGACGUCUCGGUCGUCACCGUGACGUCUUACAGGAUAUGAUAGUUUCCUUAGAUGUAGGGACUUUAUAUAAAACAACAUAGUUAGUAUCGAAUCGGCUUGCUGGCGUACUACUCUUCUAGAGAACUUAAAAUCAUCGCCAAGAAAUGAUUUUGCAUAAUAAGAAAAACUAAUGUUAAAAAGCAGAAUAAUGUUGCGUCCGGGCGAGGUGAUCUAUUUAGGCAUGUUUUUCUAUUCUUAAACCGAUCCUAUUAUAUUCAAGACAGCAAAAAUAGAAUAUAGCUAUUAUAUAUACACACAUUAGAAACACACGCUUGACAUAUAAAUUAUUUAAGACCAAUCCCAAAUCCUAUGACAAGGUUAUACGUAUAAUACUGAGCCACGUAUUUACCAUAUUUAAACAAAUGUACUGUGUUUUAUUUAUGCUAUUUACGUAAUUCCAUUAUAUAAAAGUAUAUACAUUAUCGUCUUGCUAGCCAUGUGAUGAAAUGAAGAGCGGACGUG